UAUGUCAUUUUCUAAAUGACCUUGGCUCAUUUUGUAAUUUCAAUCACUACAUUAUUUACUGGGGCGUACUGCGGAAAUAAACAAUGAGUAAUAAACGUUGAUUAUCUAAUUCUGCCAUUUAAACUAUUUUUUUUUGAACAUUUAACCUGAAACUGUUGAAACGGUCACACUCAUAAUGGACCUCAACUUCAAUGUUAUCCAAGAACCAAGGGGUGUAAUGAGAAUUGCCCAUUUUGUAUUUGCAAUCUUUGCUUUUGUAUGCGUAACCGAGUACACUGGCUAUUUGACUAUCCAUUGUAAAGGAACAGAUUAUCCUUUUGUAUACAAGUAUCCCUUCGAGUUGGAAUACAACAUUACCCUCAACUGUGCAUCAAAAUAUGAGAUAUAUGCUGAUUUUUCUGGAGAUGCUAAGUUCUUUGUUUGGACUGGCUUCCUGGCUUUGAUAUACUCCUUUGCUAUAACAAUAAUCUAUUUGAAAUUUGAUAGAAUAUAUAUACAGAAUCCAAAACUUCCACUUGGUGAUUUCAUUGCCACUGUUGUUGUGGCAGUAUUUUGGCUAUCCAGUAGUGCAGCUUGGGCCAAUGGUCUUACGGGGUUGAAAUAUGUCACAGAUGUUGAUUCCCUCGCAGUCCCAUGCCAAUGUACAGUAACACAAUCUACCUUCACAACACUCAACAUUUCUGUGAUUUUUGGAUUCUUGAACUUCUUCCUUUGGGCAACUGAUUUAUGGUUUCUAUAUAAGGAGACAACAUGGUUCCAAGGAAAUAAAUUUCACUCUACCAGUGGUGUUUGAGGCUUUGUUAGUUGCCAAGAUAUUUCUCUUCCAUUUAUCAUCCCUAUGUAUUUGGGAGGUAGCUGUAAGCACUAUCUCAUUGAUUCAUUUUAUCUGCCUGUUUUGUUGUAGUAGUUCUUGAAUAUUUUGAUUAAUUAUCAUUAUGAUAUUGUAUUUUAUCCGUCCUAUCCAUUUAUUCAGGGAAAUAACAAUUGUACAAAAGUGUUGCUAUCAGAGAAUGAUUUUCCAUUUAAAUGAAUAUAUUUGAUAUUUGAAUACAAAGACUGACCAUCAUUCAAUUUAUAAAGUAGUUUGGGUCAGAAUUUUUGAAGAAUAUAUAUCGGUGGGAAAAAUGCUCAAAAACUUUUCAGUCUUACCAUCAGAACCAAUUUUUUAUAUUUCACACACAAAACAAUGUAUUUUUAUAUCAUUAUAUCGAAUUUUGCCCCCAUAAUUCUCUAUACUAAAGUUAUGUUACUUUAACUAGGUAUCAUAUUUGCUGUAUUCUAUAAUGUGAUUUUUAUAUUUCUGUUAUUUGAUUAUUGAAAAGAUCUGUUCAGUUGCCUCAAUUGCUAAUCAUUAGAUAUAAUCGUGUUUUAUUCACUUCACACUUUUCGUUCUUUAGAAAAAAUUUUAUAAUCUAUAUAUGAUAUACAUAUAUAUAUUUUUAUAUGAAUGUUCUUGAUAUGUCUGUUUAUCAAAAAAUUCGAAUCACAAGAAACGUAAUUUACUGUUUCAUUUGAUGCAAAAGGUAUCACAAUAAAACGACUAAAAGGUCUUUUUGCCU